CUACCAUCAGUUGAGCAGCGGCAUGGACAAUAAAAUGAUCGCGAUAAGGAAGGGCCGACGCGCAACUCGAAGCAUGCAGAAAAGAAAACCAAGGGACACCAAACUAACUAGGAGUAUCAAGAGGAUAAGAGCUGACAUGGCGGAGAUCAACGAGGGCCAGGAACGCAUACGAGAUGGACAGAAAGAAGUGAGGGAGAAAUUUGAAGAAAUAAGCAAAGAGACUGCCAAACUGAAAGAGGAAACUAAUAUAAUCAUCAAGCAGAGCGCUGCAAAUCAAGUCAGGCUUGACCUCAUGUUUCAAAUUAUCAAAGCAAGAUCAGAGAAUGAUGCCCCCAGGGACGCCGUUCUGACUCAAAUCUUGCGGGAACUAAUUAAUGGCAAAGCAGAACCUGAGCUCAAGCAAGCUCCCCGAGGAGAGGCAAUAACAAGAUCAAUAAAUUAACCAUGCUUGUGCGCGCGCAUACACUUAGAUUUAGGCAGUUUAUGAUUGAAAAAAAGUGCAAAUAAAAAGGAAUAUCUGAGAAUUUAUCCCAUAUCGAAUAAGUAUAAAACAAAAACCAGUUUAUAUAAAAGAAUUGAGAAAAGGCCUCUCAUAACUAGGCUUGUGUAAAGGACUUGGUAUCAUGAUGACAUGCUCAAUUGUGAGCUGGUUUUAAGUCUAUUUUAGAGGGAAAACAUUCAUACAAGAAACAUUCAUGCUCAAUUGUGCUUUACAAUACUUGGCUUUUUUACACCUCUUAAUAUUGCUGUCAACUAUGUCAAUUCAUGAACGCCCCCACCCCCACUGUGAGGUUGGUUGCCACAAUUAAUGUGCAAGAUGUUAAAGGUUAGCAGCCACCAUUAUUGAAGAAGAUUUGGAGUUGACAGCCAUCUUUUUGAAGAAAAGCCUCCAUGAAUGGCUAUAAAU